UUGACACAUGCUCCGUCUGCUGCCUCUGCGCCGACCCCUGCCUCUUUUGUUAUGCUGAUUAAGGCAACAGGCAUAGUCUUUUGUUCAACUCAGAGAACGCGAAAGAGAAAAAGAAAGAGCACGGAGGGAUGGUCACGCUCCCUGUGACCUAUAGCCCCCCAGACUCCUCUUCUUUAACGUCACAAGGUGCGCGCAACAAAAACGAGCCACCAUCAACUGAGUUCUUCACAUCGUGACGCGCAGGAGCGAGCGAGCCACCAUCUGCUGAGCUUAUCACACUCGUCCAACUCUUCCGUUCACAUAUAUAGACACAAAUACGCUGGCGGUGGACUUAUAGACGCCCAAUUAUGUAAGUUAUAACUGCCAGGAGUUCAGUGGAUAUUGUGAAUUAUGUAAACGGGAUUUAGGACUCUUAAACUGAUUUGAAGGCGGGAAGAGCGAAAGGGGACGCCGAGCUAAUAAAUAGAAGCUGGCUGCUGUAACGGUCGCCGUCGUUAUGAAAACCAUGGGGGAAACGUGAAAACGGACUCUCGAAAGAACUUGAAGCUUUUAAAAUGGACUCUUUCACGUAAGAAAACCACAAAAACUAAGAAAAGGAGCUCGGUUCCCUCAAACAAUCCGUUGGUUUCAGAACUUGGACAGCUCCCUCGUUCAGCCGCCUACACAGAGUACCAAACUGACAGUGAGAGGAUUCAUCGAAACUACAGCACCAAACCGACAGUGAGAGGAUUCAUCGAAACUACAGCACCAAACCGACCCGGUGUUUCUCGGUAUUCAUUCCCAAAACAUCGCGACGCCAUGGCCGGUGUACUUCAGGGAGAGAAGCAGCUUUUUGAGAAGUUCUGGAAGGGCACGUUCAAAGCCGUGGCGAUGCCGAGACCCGAGAGCAUCAUCGUCGCCAGCAUCACCGCACGGAGAGCCGUAACAAAAUUGGAGACGGCUGUUAGCCUAGUACCUAAAGACGAUGAGGAAAAAGCGAAAACAAAAGAUACAGUAGCAGAAAAACAUAAGAAAAAUGGACACAUGAAACGCAGAGGACGUAAACGCCACAGUCACCGGCGAGCUCGCAGCGUCUCUUUCGAGGCUGAUCUUUCUCCUCGGCCAGUGCCUAAGGCAAAGAAAAAGAAGAAGAAGUCACAGAGGAAGAGGAGGAGACACAGAUCUCCCUCCUGCAGUCCAUCACCUGUGAGGAAGAAGAAGAAAAAGAAGAGCUCAAAGAAAAGGAAGCGACAUAGGUCUGCCUCAAGGAAGGGACGACACAGUGGCUCGAGUCCCAGACGUAAAAGAAAGGAGGACAAAAAGCAUAAAAAGAGGGCAAGGAGCCACUCUCAUCGCAGACACCGGCGCCGGAAAGCAGAAAUUAGGAGUUCUUCCUGCAUGGAAAACAGAUAUGAAGACUGUGAAAAAUCUGGUUUCCAAGAUGGUGGCCAUUCAUCAGCUGUCCACGGAGGCAACGCAUGCAGGUCGGCAAUCAAGCUGACCAGUAAAAUCUCCUCUAAGUGCUGCUGCCACUUUUCUGAAAGCACCGUCUCACCGUCACGCCCUGGGGUUGAGGGUUUAAGCAAAAUGGUGAUCGUCCAGGACUCAAUAUCCAGUAAGGGCAAAGGACAUGCAGAUUACGAUUCGGGAAAUGACACGUCCUCUCCACCCUCAAGUAAAACUGGCAUCACAAAGUCAAAGGUUACCGGAAACGGAAAGUUUUCGUGUCAGGAUCUGACUUCUCCUGAGAAGCUUAGGCUAGGCGAUGGGGACAAUGCCUCUGAUUCAGGCAACUCACUAACCAGCUAUGACUCUCUGGGUAAACCAGUGCUCAAAGAACAUACCCUACACAGCUCUGUCUUCAACAAGCUCAAAGGUGAAGAAACGGGCAGGUACUCUGAUUUGGAGAAGACACAGCCUCUGGGUCUCGUCGCUGAUAGGAAUCGGAGUCCGUCUUAUGAUAGACAUCAGGAUCGAACGAGGUCCCGCAGCAGAAGCAUAUCAUCCCAAAGCAGAUACUCAGGGCGCUAUUCCAGAAGCCGAUCCCUGUCCUCAGGGAGGAGAUCAUAUUCCCGUUCAUCCAGUUAUUCGCUGGAUUCACGUAGAGACAGUCUGUCUAGUGCGAGCAGCUACCGCAGUCUAAAUUACUCACGGUGCACACCAGACAGGUUUCGACAGCGGAAAAGAGACUGCAGUUCCUGCAAGAGCAGAAAGCACAGCAGGAGAAGACCUUGUUCUCCAAUGAGGAAGAGAAGAAGAGAUUCCCCCAGUCACCUAGAAGCCCGUAGAAUUACAAGUGCCAGAAAGAGGCCGAUCCCCUACUACCGUCCCAGUCCCUCCAUCAGCAGCCGCUCCUCCAGCCUCCUGUCCUGGCGCCUGUUUUCUCUCAGUCGCAGUCGCAGUCGCAGUCGUUCGCGGAGUCGCAGCCGGAGUCGCAGUCACACGUAUUCUUCAUACAGGAGCUACAGUCGCAGCUCAUCGUGGAACUCUAUAUAUAGCAGACGCGGUCGCAGUCGGAGCAGAAGCUAUGACUCAGUGGUGAGCUAUAGCAGAGCCCGUCGCUAAUUUACGGAUGAAGCAGAAGCCGGAAUGCUGAGCUACAGCACAAUCCCAGGACCACAUCUUACUGUAACUGGAAGUGAAAUGGAGCAGCACUGAGAACAUGCUGUGCUUAGAUGUGGAACACCAGGCAGUGACAGGAUCAUCUGUUCAGUGUCAGAUAAGACUGAAGCUUUCCAUAUUGUUGUGUACUAAACUGUGUGCUUUCAUCCAUCCCGCUCAAAGGAAAGCUUGUCUAUCAAUCUCAAAGCCUGCUGUUGUAGGAAAGGCCGGUCUGGAGGUUUCAAUAUGUGCGCUGCAAUCUGUGAGUUCUGCUAUACCUUGUUCGUGUGAGGAUAUUGUUAGUCAUUUAUCAGAACAGCCGUAGUAGAUAAAAGGAAGUGCGGGGUCACUCACGAGACGCUCAUAACCUUGACUGUAAAAGCCCAUGUAUGAAUCUAUUGUAUUUUUGUAGUGUGUUUUCUUUUUUUUAUAGGAGGUGUCAAUGGCGCUGGAGGAGAAAGAUUUAUUGCUUCCAUAAGAGCUUUUACUGAGAGCAGCCGCUUCUGCGUUGCACACACCUUCACUUUGAAAAAUGUGCCAUCCGAAUCGGCCCCACCGGCAUAGGCACACCCCAUCAGCCCAAAUGCCAGCUUUAUUUAUCUUCUGUUGAACUGGAAAACAAUUCAAAUGUCAUUGGCUGUGAUGGAGAUGAUGAUGAUGGUGGUGGACAAUCAAAAUGCAGCGGAUGUGCUCCUCCGGUGGGAACCGUUUUGCAGGUCCAGCUGUCUGUACUGGGUUACCAAAUAUGUUAAAGUACAUAUUAAUCUUGCAGGCCUCAAGAGGCAGAAUGAAGAUAUUUAUAACCAUAGGAUUCGAGGCUGAAUCUGAGUGCACAAAGAAAAGGUACAUUUUCCAUGUCCUAUUGUUUUCAAGAUUCAAAGCACUGCUAUAUACUUAAUAAUUAUUAUUAUUGUUAUGUCAUUUUUGAAAUGCAUAACCCCUGAGCUGUGUUAAAUUGUAUAUUCUUUUUAAAUAAUUUAUUCUUUUAAUGCCAAGUUUUUUGUAUUUCUAUCUGUGAUCAUUUCUGUUAGGUCUGCGGUACAAAUAUUUAUUAUUUACAUCUCUUGAAUUAUUUAUAAGGUAAAAUCUUUAAUAUUCACAUCGAAAAUCAGUUAUUUCUGACUCAUUUCUGUUCAUUUGCCUCGAAACCCCAAAGUUUAAA